AUCACUUUUAUACACUUUGGAGGAAACACCUUGCAAUGUGUCAAAGAUUUUAGAAAUUGAUAAACAGUUUAAUCCCUUUUUAUGUCUUUUCAGAGCACAGGUACUGUCAGUGAACCUACACCAUCCCAACGACGUUCAAUACAAGCGGUUCCUUCUACAGACAAUGAUGCUGGCACAAGUACUGUCAGUGAACCUACACCAUCCCAACCACCUCCAAUACAAGAGGGUCCUUCUACAGACAAUAGUCCUGGCACAGGUACUGUCAGUGAACCUACACCAUCCCAACGACGUUCAAUACAAGCGGUUCCUUCUACAGACAAUGAUGCUAGCACAGGUACUGUCAGUGAACCUACACCAUCCCAACGACGUUCAAUACAAGCGGUUCCUUCUACAGACAAUGAUGCUGGCACAAGUACUGUCAGUGAACCUACACCAUCCCAACCACCUCCAAUACAAGCGGUUCCUUCGAAAGACAAUGAUCCUGGCACAAGUACUGUCAGUGAACCUACACCAUCCCAACUAACUCCAAUACAAGAGGUUCAUUCUACAGACAAUGAUCCUAGCACAGGUACUGUCAGUGAACCUACACCAUCCCAACAACGUCCAAUACAAGGUACUGAGUCUCCCUCUGAUUCCAAAUUAAGUGUCCCUGCUUUGGUUACUGCUUGCUUACAUGUACAGCCAUUGUUUGAAUGACAGUUGCUAGAGCAGCAAAACCUGACACAGUUCCACGAUGAAAUAUGCUGUCACGAUUAUCAGAAAAAUUAGUGAAUUAGUGAGUUUGGUUUUACGCCGCCUUUAGCAAUUUUCCAGGAAUAUCACGGCGGGGACACCAG